GCACAGGUAGGUGGCACUUCUGGGCACAGAUGUGUGACACUGCAGCGUGGCACAGGUGGAUGCACUGCUGGGCACAGGUUUUGUGCACUGCUGGGCACAGGUGGGUGAUCUGCUGGGCACAGGUGGGCGGAGUUAGUGGGCGCACUGCUGGGCACAGGUGGGCGGAACUUGCGGGUGGCACUGCUGGGCACCGAUCAUCAGGGCACUGAUCAUCAGUGCCCUGAUGAUCGGUGCCGAUCCUCGCUCUGACAACUGCCGGUUCUCGGCACGUGUCAUUGGACACCGCUGAUCAGGUGG